AAAGUGUUCAUUGGAGUGGGACACUGAAUUUGGUUCAUCUGUGUAAAAGAGGCGUUCUGCUAUAAUAAUACCUUACUUCUGAUGCAUUAGUAAUUUCCAGGUGCCUCGCUCAGGGAGAACUGCACUGCACAUAUGGAAAACAAAUGCAGAGAGCUGGUGGGACUUGCCUGGCAUUACUCAGCAGGCCAGUGACAGCUGAGAAUAAAUGUCAGGUCUCUUCUGUCCCAAUCCCGUGUUCUGUUCUGUAGACUACUUUGACUCAUGCUGCGAGAGUACCCCUGGGUUUGCUGAACUAGGGCUCUGUUACCGGGAGCAGUCGAAACCAGGUAAGCUAGAUUCUGCUGCAUUGUGAAGUUCCACAUGCAAAUCCUCUCCUCUCCAGGCCUUUCAGUAGGGGGGCUCUAAAUGGGCAAGGAUGUCCUGGGUCCUGACACCUGGCAGCGAGAGCAUCCUAUCAGCAGAGGAAAGACUCACACAAGUUCAAAAGUGGUCAAGAAAGCAAGCUCCGAUACAGAGGGCCAGGGAGGUAGAAACUCUCCUAAUCUAUUCACUCUGGAGCAGGAAUCCUUAUACAGCUGAGACCAAUUUUCAUGAAGAAGCUUUGUUGUUAAGGAGCCAAAUUUACCCAAAUUCCUUUCUUACAGAACCUCCAUGCUAGAACGGUGUCACUUCCAUUUCUUCAUCCAAGCAACAACUGACACUUCAAAGGCUGGAGCUGCCUGAGCUGCUGCCUGACACUGCCUCUAGUUGACCAAGGAGCCGUUUUAAAUAUACACUUCCCCUCUACCCAGUUACUGAGCCAAGUGACUUGUUAUGAUGGAUCUCACGUGGACAUGAAGGCCUUUUCAGCAGAACUUGGCCUAGACUAAGAGCUCACUAAGGAAGACAAGAAGUAGACGAUGACAAACGAGCCCAUUAAAGAGUUGCUGGGAGCUCCCAAGUACCCUGAACCCAUCACAAUGGAGAAGAGCAAUAACAAUGAAUGCGUGGUGACCACGGUCCCCUUGGUCAGCGAAUGCCAGCUGACAGCAGCAACGGGAGGGGCAGAGCUCUCUUGCUACCGUUGCACUAUCCCCUUUGGGGUGGUCAUCCUUAUAGCAGGGGUGGUGGUCACCGCCGUGGCAUACAGCUUCAAUUCCCAUGGAUCUGUCAUCUCGGUGUUUGGACUGGUCCUUUUGUCCUCAGGACUGCUUCUCCUGGCUUCUAGCGCCGUGUGCUGGAAAGUCAGGCAAAGAAAUAAGAAAGCAAAGAGACGGGAGAGUCAAACGGCACUUGUGGCGAAUCAGAGAACCUUGUUCGGUUAAAGACGACCAGGAAAAUCCCGGAGAGGAGAGAUCUCUUGUGUCUGUCUGACUAUUUAUUCAUGAGUUGGUCUGAGGGAUUAUUCUUCACAAUGGAAAUAGAUGGGAUGGAUAGAGAGAGAGACUCUAGGAGCAUCUCCGAAAUUGGUGGUUGAUAUGACUGAAUGAUAUUUCUUGCCAAGACAGGGAAAGAAAAAAAUUCUCUUCUCCACCCCCCCACCCCCCAACCAAUUCAUGGAAAAUGAUUUCAUCGUAACGGCAGUCCAGAGCUGUAGUCAGCGCUCUGAGGAUAGGGGAGAAAGUGGGGCCCUGUGAAAAUGAAGAAAACAAGCUGAACUGACCUGAUGGGACAAAACCUGCUUAAAAAUAAUGCAUGCUUGUGAGGGGUGGACUGAGAGAGGACAGAUUACCGUCGCACAUCUGGCCAGAUUGCCUUUGAUUUAUAUUGUUCCCUGAAACAACAAACAAGCAGACAAAAACUGUGAUUGCUUCAUAAACCGAUUCUUGGAUCUUGGGACAUCUUUUGGGUUUGUUCCAAUGAUUUUAUCUGUGGUACUUUUUUCUUCUCUUUUAAACAGACAGUAAUAUUAACUUGUUUUACUAUUGACUAGAUGUAGGUAGCUAUUCAUAAUAUUUGUCCAACAUAAAUAACAAGGUAUGAGUAUAGCUUAAAAAAAGAAAGUGAGACUUUUUUUGUAAAUUAAAGUGGUUCGAUUUAGCACUUUUGAGGAUUUUGAUAUAAAAAAGUUGUAUAUUUCAUUAAAAUAAUAAACAUUCAGUGCUGCUAGAGCUUUA